UAAAAGAGAAGUCACAACUUUGACUCAUGUGUGAUUUUUUAAAAAAUGGACCUAAUGGACCUAUUACUAGAAAGUCAUGUUACAUUUAAUUUAUAAUCUUACAUUAUUAUAGAUCUAAAUAACUUACUUUCUAGAUUAUAGGAACUAAAUAAUAUGUUUACUACAAUUAAAUAAUUAUCAAUCUUUUCCAAGCCAAAAACGUGAUCUGAAAACAACCAAUUCAAUAAAAAAUUAUAUACAAUAAAAUUAUUAUGUUUUAAAAAUGAUAGACUCAUAUAUAUUAUACUAAUAUAUACCAAUGUAAAAUUAAAAAUAAAAUAUUUAUAUAAAAAUAAAUGAAAAUAAACACCCGCGCGGUUGCGCGGGUCGAGAUCUAGUGUAUUUUUAUAACACUUUUAUGUUUUUUAGACGUAGUUAGUAUACCAAAAUAAAAAAUAACCACCCCGUAAUAAUAAAAUCUUGUUACAUUUUUAACAUUGAUUAAGUAUAAUUUAUUGUUUACCCAGAUUAUAGAAAACUUUUUUUAAAUAAAUAAAUAUAAUUUGUUAUACUUUAUUUUAGGAAAAUGCAUUAAUUAAACUAUAAAAGACAAGAAUACUAAAAGGUAGGUAAAUUUAUUACUUCAGUGGCAUUCAAAUGUAAAUAACUUUGAAAGCUAAUGGACAAUUUAUAUUGAUACUUCUAUUUUAAUAAUAGAGAUAGCAAUUGCUUUUUCUUUUUUUUUUCUUAUGAAAAGGAAUUAUAUAUUAAUUAUCAAAACCAUAACACUCACGACAUGCAAGCAAGUCAUUUGAAUUUUUAAAGAUAUUAAAGGUGUGUCUCCCACGUAAAACCAUCACAUUUCGAAACCCAAUAUAUAAACACAUCUCUCGACCAUAAAAACAAAUUCAAAUCCAAUCAAACUGAGAAACAUAGAGAAAAGGAAAAAUAAUGAAGGCGGCCGUGGUAUCAGUCCUCAUCCUACUCGUGAUUUUCGUAGCCUGGCCGGUAUCAGCUGACAGGAAAGACUUACCUGGAGCUGGAGGAUACGGAGGCGACGAGGACGAUGACAAUGACACAAAGUCUUGGUUUCCUUUGGACAAUCAGUUGUCAUUGAGUUAUUAUGAUAGGAUUUGUCCAGAUUUUGAGAAGAUCGUUGCUACCAAAGUGAGAGAAUGGACAAAGAAGGACUCCUCCCUUGGUCCAGCCCUCCUCCGCCUUCUCUUCCACGAUUGCGGUGUCACGGGAUGUGAUGCAUCCGUUCUUCUAGACCACGAAGGAUCAGAGAGAAGAUCCCCAGCGAGCAAAACCCUAAGAGGCUUCGAGCUAAUCGACGAUAUCAAGUCUGAGAUAGAAAAAGCCUGCCCUGGCUUAGUCUCCUGCGCCGACAUCCUAACCGCAGCUAGCCGGGACGCAACCUUCCAACUGGGUGGUCCUUACUGGCCUAACGCCUAUGGGCGUCGUGACUCCACCGACUCUUACGCUAGAGAUGUCGAGAAAGUCCCUUCAGGCCGCCGUGACAUCACUGCCCUUCUCGAGACGUUUCAGUCUUACGGUCUCAAUGUUCUCGACCUUGUUGUCCUUUCCGGAGCCCACACCAUAGGCAAAGCCUACUGUGGCACCAUCCAGUCGAGGCUUUACAACUUCAACGCAACUUAUGGAACUGAUCCGUCGAUUGACUCCAAAUACGCAGAUUUCUUGCGUCGCAAGUGUCGUGUAGCCUCAGAGACCGUUUACCUAGACGCUGCAACUCCGGUGAAAUUCGACAACCAGUAUUACAUUAAUCUUCAAAAGAACAUGGGAGUCCUGACCACUGAUCAGGAGCUUGUGAAGGACCCUAGGACCGCUCCACUUGUGAAGGCUUUCGCAGAGCAGCCACCUCACAUGUUCAGACAGCAGUUUGCUGUGUCCAUGGUUAAGCUGGCCAAUGUUGGUGUCAUCACUGGCGAAGAUCGUAUUGGAGUGAUCAGGAAGGUUUGCAGCAAAUCUAACUCCAGACCUUACUGACCGAAAAAUGGGAGCUGAGUUUAUAAAUAAAUCUUGAAAUAACUUCUUGUUUGGUUUCAAUUGUAAUUUUGGUACUCGCUGUCUGAAGAUUAAAAUGUGAAUCUUGAUUAAAAUCAAAGAAUUUAUACACUUACCAUUAUAUCUGAUCAUGGUUUUAAUCGAUCCAACAUGAUUAGAAAUUGUCUGAAGGUUUAUAAUGUAAAAUGAAUCCUAAAAAUGUUAUCUAUAAAUCAAGUAAAUAAUAGCUGUGAGAAUAGCUUUUGAUGAAGAAGUGAAACAUGAGAGACAUAAUCAGAUUCAGACUUUCGGUUCAAGAUCAUGUUCCUAUGUUCUCUAUAUACUGAAGCUCGCCAAAAAA